AUUUGAUAUCAUCAAUUGAGCCAAAGUGUCCGCUAGUAUGCAUGUCGAACGUACGUGUGCGUUGAUACUGACCUUGGUGAAUAAUUUGUUGUUUGUGUAUGGACAAGACAUUAAUGAUCUGAUUGAGUCUGCAGCUAAUUCAAGUAACGAAUUCAAUUUCUUUUAUGAUGCUAGUGGUGAAAAUGCUAUAAUAAAGUAUGAAUUAGAUAUCCUAGCCUAUGUUAAUAAAUGGAGUGAAGAACAGGAUAUGAUGGCAGCUGACGGUAAUUCCUUAAAGAGAAAUGCUCUGCGAAACACUAACCGUAGAUGGACUUCAAAUACAAUCCCCUAUGAAAUAAGUGGUUAUUUUUCUUCCAAUGAUAGACGACAGAUAACUGCUGCUAUGAAUGAUUACAACAAGUAUACAUGUUUAAAAUUUAGACCAGCUACCUAUAACGACAGAAACAAAAUCAGAAUCCAAAAUGGAGGAGGCUGUUCGUCCUUUGUUGGCAUGCAAGGAGGUAGUCAAACUGUAACACUGGCUUCAGGUUGUAGGAUAAAACGUAUUAUAAUACACGAACUAGGACAUGCUGCAGGUUUCCACCACGAGCAGACGAGACCGGAUCGGGAUCAAUAUAUCUCUCUUCGACUAAACAACGUACCGCCAUCCGUCAGGUACAACUUCCAAAAAUAUACAUGGAGCAUUAUCAACGCAUACGGUGUACCAUACGAUUAUUACAGUGUUAUGCAUUAUGGAAGAAAGGCGUUUUCACACAAUGGAUACGACACCAUCAUUCCAAAAGAUUCAAAAUUCCUCAAUGUUAUUGGAAAGAAUUCUGGAUUCAGUUUUGGUGACGUGAAGCUGUUGAAUCUUAUGUAUAAGUGUGGAGAUAGUUGUGGAAAUAAGAAAUGUCCUAGCAACGGAUUUGUUGGUAAAGACUGUAAAUGUUAUUGUCCGGGAAAUCCCGUUAAACUUUGUUCUGGUGGUGGCGGAGGAGGAGGCGGUGGUGGUGGCGGCGGUGGUGGCGGAGGCGGUGGUGGUGGUGGCGGCGGCGGUGGCGGUGGAUCAGGAGGAAGUGGUGGUGGUGGUGGUGGUGGCGGCGGUGGCGGAGGCGGAGGCGGUGGUACCGGAGGAUCAUGCACAGAUAAAAGUACCAGUUGUGCUAACUGGGCGAAGAUAGGGGAAUGUACGAAGAAUCCAGCAUACAUGCUGACCAGCUGUAAGAAGUCUUGUAAUAAAUGUGGAGGAGGUGGAGGGACUGGUGGCGGUGGUAGCGGAGGCGGAGGAUGUAAGGACAGUAAUAAUAAUUGUGCAUCUUGGGCAAGGAGGGGUGAAUGUAGGAGAAACCCAGCUUAUAUGUUAAAAUACUGUAAGAAAUCAUGUAAUCAAUGCGCAAGUAGCAGUGACACAGAUACAACUGGCAGUUGUGAAGACCAUAAUCGAUAUUGCCUAUCCUGGGCCUCGACUGGAGAAUGUACUAGAAAUCCAGCAUACAUGUUAGAAUCUUGUGCAAAAUCUUGCAAUGCUUGUGAUAAAGUUUCACAUGCUCCUGUUUGUCAUGAUUUGAAUAACAACUGCAAUGUGUGGGCUCAGACCGGCUACUGUGGUAGUUACGCUCCAUAUAUGUCUACUAACUGCAGAAGUUCAUGCGGAUUGUGUUGAAAACGUACGUAAAGGUUUUGUGCUUUCUUCCAUAAACAUGAAUUUUACAACUUCCAUACAAGAAGUUAUGGAGUUCAAUAUCAUUAAAUGAUCACAAUGUCGACGAAAACUAUUUUCUUUUUUCUUAUUGCCUUUCUUUCAAAUUGUGUCACCAUUUAUAUUUGUAGAUAUUCUUGCAUAAUUGUGUAUUCUCAUUUACAACUCAUAAUCAUUAUAAUUGUUAUACAUGUAUCAUGCAAAUUAAAAGACUUUAUAUGUCUGUAAAA